UUUUUCCCAAUGAAUUCCCAAAAUAGACAUGAUAACUCAAAAGAAAGGAGAAGAGGACCAUGACGUCAAUGUAAAUAAAAUUGGGCGCCGAAGGUUGCCGCCCUCCAGUCUCUACCAAGUACUCAAAAAAAUUCAAAUAGCAAAUCCAGAAAAUAGACGACAACGUUGGUUACAAUCACAUCACUUUGACAUUACAUGCUGCUGCUGCUGCAACUGCUUCUCCAAUCUAUUUAUUUGUAUUUGUUUUAGGUUAGAUCUAGGGUUUACUUUCUUCUCCUUUGUAUCUUAAAUUGAGAAAUAUGGAGAAAGCAACUAGUAGUGCUGCUCCUGCUAAAAUAGGAGGAGGAGGAUCAAGGAGGCAAUCCGAUCUCAACAGAUCCUUCAAGCUCGCUAUUCGCUCUCUCCUCACUUCCUGCUCCAAACAGGAGUUGGCAAAAGCAUUCUCCAAGUUUAGUAAUGCAGAGCAGGAAAGUCUUCACCGUCUUUUCAUUCAGGUUAUUACUUCUUUGCAUAAAAUGGUAGAGGAUGAGUUCGAGUCUCUAUGCCUCGAAACACAGGUGGGAACUGCUCUUGAGACUGUGGAGCAACUUGUAGAAGAGCAAAAUCUGGACCCUUUGUUCUCAGAACAGUCUAAUAUAAUGGAUGCUGCAAAGAGUCUAUCAAUGGAGAAGAAAAAUGAGAUCCACUAUUUGAUGGGCAUGCUGGAAAAGGCUGAAGAGCAGAAUCGCCGUAUCCGAGAUCGUGUUGAACAACUCAAGCAAAAAAUGCCUGAUGACUCGGGCAUCUCAGUUGUCAUGGAGAAGUUCAAAAGUGGCAAUUUAAGUUAUGGAACAUGCAGUAAUGGGAUUUAACACGCCACCAAUGGAGUAAUAUAUUUACCCAGGAAUCGAUGAGCAGAGCUGCAUGGCAAGAGAAAGGAGAAAGCGAAAGCUCAUUAAGGUGUAGGUAAAGUUUGUUUUGGACUUGGUAAUAGAUGCUUAAACUCUGUAGGAUUCUUAUUGUUCGUCCCGAUGCUUUUUGUUUGAAGUGAAUGUGAAUCAGCGAAAUCUCUCACUUCCCAUUUUUAUUAAAGCAUGAACAGGUUGUUCUUUUGUA